GCCUAAUACACAUGCUAAGAACACCUCUAUGUUGGAUGGAACUCAGUGAAAACAAGCUUGUGGGACCUGAUCUUGUCAGUGAUGCAGAAGAAAAGGUAAAGUUAAUCAAAGAACGAUUACGGAUCGGGGAAAAAGUGUUACGUUUCGGGAAGAAGGGAAAACUGUCACCUAGAUUUAUUGGUCCCUAUGAAAUUACUGAACGUAUAGGACCAGUAGCAUACCGGCUAGCCUUGCCACCAGAGUUGAGCAAAAUCCAUAAUGUAUUCCACGUAUCUAUGCUCAGACGAUAUAGGUCGGACCCCACUCACAUAAUCCAGUCAGGCACGGUAGAAUUGGAUGACAAGUUAUCCUAUGAAGAAGAGCCGGUACAGAUUUUAUCCCGAGAAACUAAAGUGCUUAGAAACAAGACGGUGCCGUUGGUAAAAGUACUAUGGCGAAAUCACAGUUCCGAAGAAGCUACCUGGGAAACAGAGGAAUCAAUGCGUGUGUUGUACCCUCAACUUUUUCCUACUGCAGAAUAAGCCAUUAAGUUUAAAAAAAAAUAAAGAAGAAGAAAAGUAGUAUAAAUAGAAGCCAAAGCGAACUAGGAAGGAACAUUAAAAAAAAUAUUAGUUGUAAGAAAUCUCCCACCAUUAUAGCAUUAAACUAAGAACACCGAAGUAUAACGGAGGUCCGUCGAAAUUGUCAAACACUCCCUCGUACGUUGGAAAUUCUCGAUUUUAAUUCAAGGUACACAGUCAGGAAAUGACAACCUUGCCGGAGGACAGUACUAAUGUGGAGGGCAUUGGACGAGUGGGUCAAAAUGAUAUUAUCGAUAUUUAAAUAAGUCAUGUUAUGACAAUUUAAUAAUGUUUUAAUACUUUCAAGUUUUAUUGAUUCCGCAUGUAACAUAUUACUCCGUCUUGUUUAAUAAAUAAAUAAGUUUUCUUUAAUGCUCCUUUUUCCAAUUUUUUUAAAAAAACUAGACCCGUUAACACUGCGACUCGAAUAUUCGAAUAAAUUUGAGUAUUCGGG